CUUUGUUUACAGCAAAGUUGAGUGGAGACUGGAGCUUAGCGGAACGUUCCGUCCGACACAGUGCCGCUCCUUCCCCUUUAUCCGUGUCUUCCAUUACCCGUGACUUUCAGUAAGAAGCAGUCAUGGUGGCCAUGACGAGGAGAUUGAAAACCUUCCAAAUUACCUUCCUGGAUCCCAGUAAGACUUUUUACUGCGGCGGGGAUAAGGUGUGUGGCCGCAUAGAAGUGGAAGUGAACGAGGUGACGCGUGUGUCCGCAGUGAAGGUCCUGGGUCUGGGUCGCGCUAAGGUGGGGUACGCUAAAGGCAAGCAGCGAUGCAAAGAGGAAACCGAAUAUCUCCGGUAUGAGGAGGUGCUGCGCCUGGACGACCAGCCAACAGCCGCUGAUGGAUCAGUUGUCUUGAGGCCUGGCAACAAAUAUGAGUACACCUUUGGAUUUGACCUCCCACAGCAAGGGCAGCUGGUGUCAUCCUACAAGGGGAAGUUUGGCUAUGUUGAGUACUAUGUGAAGGCCUUGAUGGAGAGGCCACAGCAGCCCACCCUGGAGUGCAAGAAGCCCUUUGAAGUGGAGGAGCCCUUGGAUGUCAACACCCCAGAUCUGCUGUCUCCCACAGGUGGCAUGAAGGAGAAGAAGGUCACCUGCAUGUUCAUCCCGGACGGCCAGGUGUCGCUGAAUGCAAAAAUCGACCGUCGUGGCUUCUGUGAAGGUGAAGACAUAUGCAUCAACGCUAAGUUUGAGAACACCUGCUCCCGGAUUGUGGUGCCCAAGGCCGCUAUCAUCGCCAAACAUAUCUACCAGGCCAAUGGCCGCACCAAGGUCUCCCGCCAGAAGCUGUCCUCGGUGCGUGGGAACCACAUCAUCUCCGGAAUGUGUGACGCCUGGCAGGGAAAGACCAUCAGGGUACCAAAGAUAAAACCAUCCAUGCUGAGCUGCAACAUCAUCCGCGUGGAGUACGCUUUGAUGAUUUACGUCCACAUCCCUGGUAGUGAUAAGCUGAUCCUGGAGCUACCGCUGGUCAUUGGGACUGCAGGUCUGGGCAGUCGCAGCAACAGCGUGAGCAGCCAGGAGGGUUCGGUCAGUAACUCCUCCCAGAGCUGGGUGUCCCUCAGGAUGCCCUCAGAGCCUCCCAGCUACACCGACAUCACGCGCGACUGCCGUCUGGACCAGCCCCUCACGCCGCUCCUGGACGACUUUGACGGCGACGACAGCCCCAUCUUCAUGGAUGCACCAGCCUUCCCGUUCCCACCGCCUCCAGAGUACACAGAGGAGGCGUAGGAGCACAGUGGCAACGCAUGCAUGCUGCUGGUCUGGUGAAGUCCAGCAGGGAUUCUGAAACUCUGUGGUCCAGCUCUCAGGGACCAUCUAAGGCACUUGAAAAGGAGUAGAAGGUCCAAACUCCAGAGAGGGUAAUGCCAGGACUGUGGAGGUGGACAGAAAGACGCUCGCCUGUUCUAUCAGCUGUCUUCGCCGCGCUUUCAUCACUUACGCUGAUCCAGUCUUCCUCCUGGUGCUCUUCAGGUCACAGACACGGAGGUGGAGCCACGGAGCCUGUGGCCCUGAUACCUUUCUGAAUAAGCUUCCAGAGACUCGAACUGUCCAUUCAGAGUCACACCUUGUGACUUCAUUAUUGGGGCCAAGUAUCGUAUGAGUCAGCCCCCCCCCCCCCCAGCCCUGCUGUGACAUACUUGCUUUCUCGGGGUUUGUCUUUUUCCCUCACGAUGCUUUGUCAUUCCUGUCAGAUCCUGCGUUUCGAAGGGAUUUCGAAAGGAGAACCGUUCUCUUUUGUCAGCCGUGUCAGUUUAUAUCGCUGUGCAGAAAUUGUCAAGAGAAUGUUGUUGGAUUUUUUGAGAACGACACCGUGCAGAACAAUAUUCCGUGGAUGCUAAUAGAAUUUCGUUUAGCGUCCAUAUUAUUUUUUUGUUUCAGUGUUUUGAAAAAAAUAUAGUAUAUUUCUGUAUUUUUAUUGCACUUUGACUCGUUUUGCUCCACUACUGCCUAUAAGAGUUUGUUUGUUUUUGUUUUUGUUUUGAAUAGUGUUUGUUGUUUAUGUAGAGAGAGUGUAUUUACUGUUGGCAAAACGCUCCUCUAACUUGUUAAACCCUCACAUUUGAUUUCCAGAUCCCAGCUUUUGGUGAUUGGUUGUAAUUUCUUGACACUGAAAGUGCCAAACAUGAUUCAUACAGAAUAUAUGCUCUGAUAUCAUGGGGGGGGGGGACGCACCUUAUGUGAGGAUAAUCAUUGAAUCUGAUCUUCAGUUGUCCUGGACAACAUUUCAACUUUUCAACUGUUCUUUCAGGCCGCAAAGAAAAUCACUGUUUAAAGACUGAUUUGUGAGAAAGUAUGUUUGCAAUGCAUCCUUGAUACUUACAAGUAUUUUUGUAUGAAAACCCUGUGGGUUAGUUUUUUUUAUUAAAGAAAAGAAAACUA